AUUAGUGUUUGGCUAGUCUCUCUUGUCAAAAUUCCAGAAUGCUAUGCGGACGCUUUGCUGGUAUUCUGCUACAGAGGUUGUCUCUCUUGGCCCAAUUUGUUUGGGCUUACACUCUAUUAAAUGGACCCUUUUUUAAAGUAAAUAGACCUUUACGUCAAUUCAUUGCCUCAAUAUCCAAACCAAAGAAAAUAAAGACUUACCUACUACCUAGUCAGUCAAAAGUAAGACAUCAGUGGUCGGGAUCUGAUUCUGGGACUAACAACUCCGGGGACAAAAUGUGCGAGGGAGCUGUCCCAAAACUGGGCACCACAAUCCACAUCACAGCCCUAGACGGCAUCAUCAACGUCAACUCCCUUUUCACACUAGCAGUAUUCAUCGGACUAGCUUGGAAUCCCCAUGAUCUGAACAACAGCCUCGCCACCGACACCAACUGUUUUGCGAAGCCCAAGGUUGCCGAGGAUCUUGUCGCCUUCCACGUGUACUCCUUCAGCUGUUUCCUCUUUUCUAGCCUCAUUGCUUUGUGCCUUAAGCAGGCUAUUCGUCUUGCUAAGUCUGCCCACCAUUUCCCCACCAUCUAUUCUCUUGACUUGGCCCAAAUCAACAAGAACGCGCUUCGGGUCGGGUACCUGGUUUCUGCUGCGGGUUCUGUUUGCGGGUCGGUGUUUUUGAUGCUUGCUUUGAUUAAUGUGGUACAAAUCAAGCUUGGGAUUUUGGGAUGUGGGAGCAAACAUACCUAUGGAGCUGUUAUUCCACUUGUGAUUUUUGUUCCCUUAGGGCUCCUUAUUAAUGUUUGUACUGUUUUUUAUGCUUUCACUCGUUAAUUUGCCACCUUUUUUUUUGUCAUUUAAAUGCGUGUAUCAAUAUAUCCUUCCGUAAUAUGUAUUUUGUCUCAGAUUACUUUUUCUUUUCAUUACAAAUCUUUUUGUAUUUGGUUUAAAUGUCUCAUAAAACUAGAAGGAUUUUAGAGCA